UUAUUCUUCUCUCCUCCUUACUUUCUGUCUCUUCCUCGCAGAGACUGGUCUCUGCUCUUUCCCACCAAUCAAGAAAACCCUAACCCUAAAAAUACCCUUAUUUUCUUAUCACGGAUGAUGUUAAAUGUGCGAUAUUUUUAGCUGAUGCUACUGUUUAUGCCUUCAAUUCAUCUUCAUUUGACGCCGGCGCUAUGUAUUGCUCAACUUGCACUCCAAAAGCCUACUACGUUCCGCAGAAGCUGUCUCAAUAGCUGGAGUAUGUAAAAGCUUACUUGGAUGCACCAGAAGAUUCCCAUCCUUUUGCUUGAUAUAUUUUGACAUGAAGCGAAGGACCAAUGAGGUGCCUAGGAGUUCCAGAGGUUUGCAGGUUGAGGGCCCAAACUGGGUCCUUAUCGCAGGCAGUGCUCUGUUGAGUGCAUUAUCAGUUCGCCUGGGAUUUAAGCUGAAGCAGGUACUUGACGCCAAACGACCUGAAAAUAGUGGCAAUCUUUUAAAAGGAAAUGGAAAAUCUACUGACGAGAAGAAGUUAAGGAACAGCCAUAUGCAUUCAAAUGCUUUUCGUUUUCCUCAAGAUGAGAAUGGUUGUCACAAUUGUUAUUCAGGAUCUGGAAACAUGUUGGAAAUCAAACAACAGUGCGAUGGCCAAAUGAUGACAGAACCUGAAAUGGUUCUUCCUUUAGUGACUGUGCCUGCUUCUGAGCUUAGGAAAGAGAAUGGUGUCAUCUGGGCAUCUUCUCCCGAUCGUCUUGAGCUGCCCCAGAAGCCAUUCCACCGGUCAAACAGCUCUGACUCACCUUGCGUCUCUGAAUCUGGAUCUGAUAUUUUCAGCAAGCGAGAAGUGAUACAAAAGCUGAGACAGCAGUUAAAAAGAAGAGAUGACAUGAUAUUGGAAAUGCAGGAUCAAAUUACCGAACUUCAGAACUCUCUUAGUGCUCAGCUUUCGCAUUCUUCCCAUCUCCAGUUGCUGCUGGAUGCCGCUAACAGGGACAUAUUUGAUUCCGAGAGGGAAAUACAGAGAUUAAGAAAGGCAAUAGCUGAUCAUUGCGUUGGGCAUGUGAAUUCUAGUAACAACCCCCCUACGGUUCCUGCAUGGCCAUCUGGAGGCAGGAAUGGCCAUUUAAAUGCGUAUCUUAAAGUUGAAAGUAAUUUGGAGUCCUUGGAGAAAGGGAGAGGAGAUGAGGGAAAGAUUGAGAUGCUGAGACAGGAAGUGAGCGAGUUAAAGGAAGUGAUAGAGGGAAAAGAAUACCUGCUGCAGAGCUACAAGGAGCAAAAGGCUGAGCUAUCAGAAAAGAUCAAAGAGUUGCAGCAGAGAUUGGAUUCUCAACUUCCCCAUAUUUUGUAGACAGUAUUGACCUUUUGUGCAUUCUUGUUUUGCUUCAUUUUUGUGUCUCUCUGUUUUCUCGUGAUCUGAAGUUCCCAAUUUUGAAGAAUCUCAUCUCUAGUUCUUUUCAUUCAAUUUUUCUGUUUUCUGCUUCUUGUGCAUUUGUGAAAAGAAAGGAGGAAUAAGAUGUUCAUAAGUUUUUAGAGUUUGAAUCAAGCCUGAUUCACACAGUUUUUUGUGGAAUGAAACAAUGUUUUGUACUUCGAGCACAUUAAGUCUUCAACUUGCAAUUCUAAAUAUAUGAUGCAAGAAGGGUUUGCGCUCUUUCUGUUUC